GAGGCAUCAUCACAUUCACAUUAAGCUUUCUUUGCAUUUCAUCUAAAGUAAAUGAAUCCCAAGGCACUCUAAAACCACAUAGAGUCCCAAAUCCUUUUCUCUACUCACAAACAAAAAUCCAACUAUGAACCCAAACAAAACCAUUGAUUCUUUUCCUUAACCUGUCCCCCCUCUCUGAAUCUCACAGUAACACACACAAAAGUUCCAACCUUCAAAAACCUUUUUUUCCAACCAUGAUUUGAUUCUCUCUCUCUCUCACUCUCUCUCCAUUCUCAAAACCAAAAAAAAAAUGGGUUUUCCAAAAUUGUCCCUUUUCCUUCUUCUGUUCUUCUUCUCCUUCCUCCUCUUCACACCUCAUUUCUCUGAAUCAUCAUCCUCUUCUGAUUACACAACUUUAGUCUACAAGGGUUGCUCAAAAAACACUUUCACAGAUCCAAAUGGUGCAUACUCACAAUCUCUUUCAGCACUCUUUGGUUCCCUCGUUUCACAGUCCACAAAAACAAAGUUCUUCAAAACAACAACUGGUAAUGGCCAAAACAGCAUAACAGGUAUCUUCCAAUGUAGAGGAGAUCUCACAAACUCCGAUUGCUACAACUGUGUUAGCAAGCUCCCGGUUCUUUCAGACAAACUCUGUGGCAAAACCAUUGCUGCUAGAGUUCAGCUUCUAGGUUGUUACAUGCUGUACGAGGUUGCUGGUUUUCCUCAAAUCUCAGGGAUGGAUAUUCUUUACAAAACUUGCGGAACAACAAAUGCUGCUGGAAGAGGGUUUGAAGAGAGAAGAGACACUGCUUUUUCUGUGAUGGAAAAUGGGGUUAUUAGUGGUCAUGGUUUUUAUGCUACUAGCUACCAAUCUAUGUAUGUUAUGGGACAGUGUGAAGGUGAUGUUGGUGAUUCUGAUUGUGGUGAGUGUGUUAAAUCUGCUGUUCAAAGAGCUCAAGUUGAAUGUGGAAGCUCUAUUUCUGGACAAGUUUAUUUGCAUAAGUGCUUUAUCAGUUUUAGCUAUUAUCCCAAUGGGGUUCCAAGGCAACACUCUUCAUAUGGUGGUUCAUCUUCUUCUUCUUCUAGCUCUUCAUCUUUUACUGGACAAAAUACAGGGAAGACAGUGGCUAUAAUAUUAGGAGGUAUAGCUGGUGUGGCGUUUUUGGUUAUAUGCUUGCUAUUUGCUAGGAAUUUGGUCAAGAAACGUGAUGAUUAUUGACUGUAGAAGAAGAUGGUUUACUGUGGAGGCAAAAUUGUUCUUGAGGUGAUUGAUAUAUAUCUUUUGGAUGAAAGAGAUUUGUGGUAAAUAGACUUGAGAGAUAGAGAAAGCAUCUAGGACUGUUGAAUGUGGGGACAAGACUAAUUCUUGUAGUUAGGUAAGAAGAUUUUGUUGUGAAAAAAACGGUGUAAUUACAAGGGAAAAGGGAUAUACCCAGAAGAAUGAAUGUUUUGGAUGAAAAUUUUGUGUCUUAACCUUUAGCCAUGUGAAUGAUUCUCUUUUUCUUCAUCUCCAUAUAUACUAUUGACUCUCCAUUUUAUUUGAUAA